AUGUUAUUCUGGAAAAUCAUUUUUUGCGAAAUUUUGCAUGCACGAAUCAGUUGUCCAAAUUUGUUAUGGAAGGUGAAAUAUUUACAUACGUCUUUUGAUUUGAGGCGAAAAUGCUAUUUUGGAGCACUGGAAUUCGAUUUUCGAUUCAUUGCAACCAAUCAGUCUUUUCCUAGCUGUCAGGGAAUUGCUUUUGUUUUCUCCAAAAUUAUUGCGUUGAAAAAUUUUGGGAGCAAUGAAAAGCUGCGAAGAAACUUGUUGAAUGUUUACAAAAACUGUAUGCCUCUCCAGGAAAUAUUUCGGAUGAGCAAGUGGAAAUUUAAAGUAACAUCAACAUCAAUCAAAGUUGCCGUGAAGUUGAAUCCAGCAAUACAAAUGGUAGUAAAUGGUUGUGGUUUUGGUUGUCCAGGUAUGAUAAUGAAAAAGAUCAUAAUCUAUUAA